AUGCCCGCCCCUCUCGCCAAAGGUCUCUUACUAUCGUUCUCCUUUCUUUUUGCUGCCGGACUAGCAGUCUAUGACAGCAACCCUCAGAUUCGACAAUGGAUCGAUGACAAUCGGAGAAGAGUUGCGGUAGCACUCCACGGUCUAGGUGACGAAGUGGCUCCAGGCACAGACGAUAGGAAUGCAACAGAUGCUUCUACGCGGGAACAUGAAUCACCUGAAGCUGUUGAAAGACGGCGCCGAGCUAGGCAGGACAUUCUAGAGCGAGGGCGACUAAUGGAAGAGCGUAGGAGGGCCGCAGAUCAAGCGAAACCCAAGAUGUCUUUCGAUGACUUAGUGGACAAAGAUGGAUCGUUGAAGAGAGAAGAAAGCUCAGAAGCGUUCACCAGUGCUGCCGAAACACACAUGGAGGAGACCGGCUUGAGACACAGAGCCACGGAGACCAACGCGACAAUGGCUGGCUCUUCAUUUGCCAACCCUUUUGAUGACGAGACAAUGAUGGAGCAUCUAAGGUCUGGGACAGAGCAACCUCAAAGCGUGGAAGAUCUCUCUCGCACCUCUACUCCUACACUUCCAGCCUCACCUCCCGUGCCUCCGAAACCUGCUGCCUACCAGCCCCGUAACCUGUUGAUCGACACAGAUCAAACAUCCAGUCAUCCGUCAGAACAACUCAUCAAUCUGACACCCACCACCUCGCACUUCUCUGCGGCUAUUGACCUAGCUACCCUCCGCCAGAGCGAACAGAACACUUCCCAAGACACUUUCAUGUCCGUUCACGAGUGGGCACAGGACCAAAGCACGCAAUCGCUGCAUUCGCCACUUGAAUCUAUUUCCAACAGCUCGAGCCAUGCCAACGAUGCCACUGAAGGAUCUGUCACUGACAGUCUUGAUUUUGUCAGUCAGAUGGGUACUGAGGACGGCGAAUCUGCAAGUGACCUUGGGGAAGGCAUCAGCACACCGAGCACAUGGACGGAGGUGGGAAGCAUGGUGAGCGAGGAAUAG